CAAGAUUACUUAACAGGUUAAUACCAAAAUGAGCUCAGCAAAGUGGGAAGACAACGAGGAAAUUAAAAUUUUCAGAGAAUACCUGCGGAUUCCAACCGUACACCCUGAUGUUGAUUACACUGCUUGUGUUGAGUUCCUGAAGCGUCAGGCUAGCUCCUUGAAUCUCCCCGUGGAUGUGGUCUGUCCAGCAGGUCCAUCGAAGCCAAUAGUGAUCAUUAAGUGGCUGGGAAGCCAGCCGGAACUGCCAUCGAUUAUUCUCAACUCUCACACGGAUGUGGUGCCCGUGUUUCCGGACAAGUGGACCCAUGAUCCUUUCGCCGCCGACAUCGACAAGGAGGGCAAUAUCUAUGCCCGGGGCACUCAGGAUAUGAAGUCGGUGGGCACUCAAUAUCUCGGGGCUAUUCGGUUGCUCCAGGCCAGUGGUUAUCAACCCAAGAGGACCGUGUACGUGACCUUUGUCCCAGAUGAGGAGACUGGCGGAGUCUUGGGAAUGGCGGAGUUUGUCAAAACGGAUUACUACCAGCAAAUGAAUGUGGGGUUCAGCCUGGACGAAGGAGCCACCAGCGCAACCGAUUUGCACCAUCUGUUCUAUGCCGAGCGGCUACGAUGGGGACUCAAGCUUAAAUUCAGUGGAACCUCCGGACACGGCUCUCUGUUGUUGCCCAACACCGCUGGCGUGAAGCUUAACUACUUGGUAAAUAAGCUGACAGAGUUCCGCACCUCGCAGGUGGAGCACCUGGAGAGAGAUUCCAGCAUCAACAUAGGCGAUGUGACUGCCGUGAAUCUCACCCAGUUGAGCGGCGGAGUCCAGAGCAAUGUGGUGCCACCGUUCUUCGAGGCAGUGUUCGACAUGCGACUUGCCGUUACUGUAGAUGUUGUGGCCUUCGAAAAACAGAUUCGUGACUGGUGCGAGGAGGCAGGUGGUGGCAUCGAGAUCGACUUUUUCCAAAAGGAACCCUAUGUGGCACCCACCAAGAUGGACGACUCGAAUCCCUACUGGGUAGCUUUGAAAGCCGCCAUCGACGAACUAGGUUUGAAGAUUCGUCCCAUUGUGUGUCCGGGUGCCACCGAUAGCCGAUUUAUUCGCCAAAAGGGAACCCCCGCCAUUGGGUUCUCACCAAUCAUAAAUACAACAGUGAGGAUCCAUGAUCAUGAUGAGUUCUUGCCGGCAGACACCUAUUUGAAUGGCAUUGAAGUUUACAAGAAGAUAAUUCGCAAUCUGGCUGAAGUAUAAUAAUAAAGAGGGUCCGAUAAAAAACAUGCGUGUGCCAGAUUUAUGUACCAACGAAUCUUAUCAGAUACAUUUUUAAUCUUUAAGAUAUAAAAGAGAUACGAAGAAACUAUUGCACUUUAAU